AUGGCGCUGAAGACUCAAUUCCGUGAAAGCAAGAGGCUACAAAUUCCCAAGCUCUUGCAGCCGACUGUGCUACUGUUUUUCAUAUUCAGCAAUGCAUGCCACAUCAAAACUACCCAGCCCAGUGAACUACUGUGUCCAACUGCAUACACGAUUCAUGCAUUUGCUAAACGUCUUCUGCAUUCCCUGCAUUCUCUGAAAUCCGAGGCUACCUUCGAACAGAAAUUUAUUACGUCUUUCGAAAUGACAAUCCACACUCCAACGACGAUUGAAGUCUGUUGGUUUCUGAAAGCCGACGGCCAAUGUAUCGUUGGUGAUAUCAAAUGCUCCCUUACAUUCUCCUCGGUGACUGCUAAGUACUCCGCAAAGGAGUUGAACGCUCCCAGUGCUCUUUUCUACCCUAAAUUGAUUUACGAGUUCAAUCUGGGCAAUAUUAAUGCAGAAGCCCUUCUUGUAGUUGAACAUGGCUUUAUAAGUGGACCCAACGUUCAACUAAAACAUCUUCAUUUUCCAAAGCUGGGCGUGGUUGUCAUCAGAACACUGCCACUACGGGAAUAG